AUGCAGCAAGAACGACAUGUCGUGUUCUGCGUCGAAGACACCGUUGGCCUGAAGAGCGACACGUCGGUUGUUGGUGUCAUCGAUCGUUGCUUCGGCGAUGUCGAUACUCACCUUCCUCGGCCACAGCAUGAAUAUCACGAAGAGAUUCAGCGUGACCCCGACAUCUCGGCCGGAGCCUUUGCAGAGUUCCUGAAUACCGGCAUCCCACCACGAGGGACCGUUCUGGUCGCAUGGCAGACGGAACUCAAGACAGAACUCAUCAUAGAAACCAAACUUGAAUUGCUCGAUCGCGCGCUCUAUGUGGGCGACGUUGUGAAGCGAAACGUCAAAGACCACAUGAGCGGGACCGUCAUAGGGACUACCGCUGUCUGUACCCUUUUCCCAGCCACCCGAUUCACUGGCGGCGAGAUAACACAAGCGGCUGCCACCGAACUGUGCAUCGGCCAAGUCCCGGUCGAAGAAUUGCUAAACGUCCACGAGUUUGUCGAGGGCACUUUGGUCGUCUACAAUGACUGGGUGGGCCGCGUCGAGAACGUCUACGACGAAAUGGCCGUGAAGCUAUCCAACAAUUCCGUCGUCGUGGUCGAAGAUCCAACCGAGUUGGAGCGCGAGGGUCAAGCGUCAGCGGAUCGCAUCAGCGUAGGUGACAAGGUCAAGACAAAGAAGGGCAAUUUACGGCGGGGCAAUUGGCGGUUCGGUGCGUUUGAUCCCAACGUGAAGCCCGUCGGUAUUGUAGUCGAGGUGCGUACCUCUGAAAUCGAUGUGCAAUGGAUGGCAAGGAGUAUCAGUGCCGUCGACAACAGCCGCAGCGUUCAGGAACCACCCGUUACCCUGGGUCGCGACGAGUUUGAAAGCCCUACCUUUUACAAAUAUGAUGCCUCUGGUAGUGCCGCAAACACACUACCCAUUGCAGCCAACGGCGUCGACCGCUCUUAUCAUGUCGCUGAUGUGGCUGUGGGGGAUCAUGUUCGGUUCAAGGAUAUCACCGCCGCCACCGUCAAGUACAACGGUUCUGGGACACUGCCGAAUGGCGCUCCGAGAGGCAAAGUCACUAAGCUCCCACGCACAGACUCCAUGGGUUACGAUCUCAACGUCUUCCUGGUCAUGCAGACUCACAGCAUGGCCACAGUGCAAUGGCAGGAUCUCACAGUCACCCAGGACUUUGCAACAACGCUUCUUCCUGAUCCAAAUGUAGAAGAUGACGACGAGGUUUGGCCGGGCGAGGUCAUCUUCUCGAAAGAGGGCCGCACAAGCACAAAUUCCUCCGAAAACUAUGAUAGGAAGCCUUCCAAGGUUGGUGUGGUCCAAACGGUUAAUGGUCGUGAUCGCAUAGCCACCGUACGCUGGUUCAAAGAUCCUCUGGUCGAGUUUUUCGCAUCUGACUUACUACGGCCCGCAAGAACAGGAGAGCUCGACGAAGCCAUUGAGGACGUCAGCUUAUACGACAUCUAUUCAUUCCCUGCCCUGACGCGACGACGUGGCGACUUCGUCCUCAUACAUCCAAACUCCAUCGAAGGCCUCGAGACACCUCUCAACGUUACUGGCCCAGACUGGUUCGGCGAAGUUAUUGACCUUGGUCUGGAUGGAAAGCUCACGGUUCGACUAGGGGCCGCAAAGCCUGUUGUUGACGUAAAAGUUCCGUACGAGGGCGUCACACUCGCGUAUAGUAGUGACAUGGAUGAUGAAGAAACCUUCAAUGGACUAGAUGGAUACUCAUAUUCCAUGAGCGGCGAAUCUGAUUUCGAGGAGAUGUGGAUUGAAUAUGAAGGCAUGGAUGGUGAGGCGAUGGCAGGUGACGACGGCGACUGGUCAACCGAAGAAGAGGAUGAGGAUGAGACUGACGACGACGAUGAUGAUGAUGAGUCAAUGCCAGAUUUCAUUGACCCAGGCGAAGUCGAGACGACCAAAACGACACCAGAAAGCAAGUCAUCCCCAUUAACAGAGGAUAAAGCCGAAGAGCCCACACGGUCACAAGAACUCAUGGCCACAGAGGAUGAAAUUCCAACUGGCCAGGUUGCAUCAGACCCAGAAUCGACACCCUCCCAGCCACCAGGCGCCCCAGCUCCCUUCGCCAUCCUCGAGACUCCCACGCCAGAUUCGCAUCACUUUAUUAAGUCACCCGCCAUCGCCCCUCCCACUCUCAUCCGACGAGUCGCGAAAGAACACCGCAUCCUUGCCACGUCCCUGCCUCCCAGCAUCUACGUGAGAACCUGGGAAUCGCGCCUCGAUCUCCUCCGCAUCCUCAUCAUCGGCCCAAUUGACACACCCUACGAAUUCGCCCCCUUUGUAAUCGAUGUCUACCUUCCUCCCACCUGGCCUACGACCCCACCCAAAGUCUUCUUUCACUCGUGGACCGGCGGCGAAGGGCCCGUAAAUCCAAACCUCUACGAAGACGGCACGAUCUGUUUGAGUUUGCUGGGAACAUGGCAUUCAGACGGCAAAGGAGAGGGCUGGACGAGUAAGAGCACCAUCCUUCAGGUUCUCGUGUCUCUUCUAGGCUUGGUACUAGUCAAGGAACCGUAUUACAACGAAGCAGGCUAUGACGUCCAUCGCUCUGCGCCGGAAACCAAAUUGAGCAGCGCGCUCUACACUGAACGCGCGUAUUUUCGCGCACGAGCGUUUAUCCAUCAUGCGCUUACCAAUCCGGUCGAGCCCUUUCAGCAGGAGUUGCAGUGGCUGUAUCAGAGUAGGAAGGAGGGGGCGCCGCGACUGUUGGACAGGGCCGUGCAGGCGGCAAGGGAGAUUGUGAAGAGGAGUGAAAAUCGGGAGGAUGAGGGGGAGCGUGACGGCUUAAGGAAGGUCAGUUUGGGUGCGCUGGUCAUGUUGAAGAGGCAAUUAGAGAGGUUGGAGGAGUUGCAGAGUGCGGCUGUGGAGAAGGAAAGAGGGGGUGAUGAGCUGUUGUAA